CAGGGAAAUGCCCAUGGAGUACAGAGGAUAUCAUUUCUAAGAGAACGAACAGAUAAUGCUGUAAGUAGUGGGAAAGGAACAGUGAAAGAAGGCAAGAAUGAACCAAUAAUUUCUCAUUUUCUUUCUUCUACCCUUAUACAAAUGGUCGGCAGUUUUGUUGGUUUCUUGCUGUGACCAGAAAAACAAUGCCAUGUAGAAAAUAUCCCAAGCUCAUUUGUUUGUAUCUUGAGCCUUGAGGGGAAGGGUUGGUAGGGUGCGUAGGAUAAGCGGGGAAGGGGUUAAAGGUCACCCACUCAACUCAACACUCAGUCACUCACCCAGUAUUGGUUUCAACCUAUAGCUGCUAUAGCUAGACACUCCCUCACUUGUUGAAUGCUCGAGUUAGUCAUGGCACCGCUUUGUGGCGGCGGGAAGAUAAGAGGGAGUGCGGCAAAGAUGGUAUUGUGCUCGUUGCUUUUUCUGAUACCAAUGGCAUCAUCGGCAGUCAUCCCUCAUCGGAAACUGGAGGUUCAGAAGCAGUUGAUGCGCUUGAACAAGCCUGCUCUUAAAUCCAUCAAGAGUCCGGAUGGUGAUAUAAUCGAUUGUGUCCAUAUCAACCACCAGCCAGCUUUUGAUCAUCCUCUUCUCAAAAAUCAUACAGUCCAGACGACACCAAGCUUUCGCCCAAAAGGGCGUUCAUUCGAUGAGAGCAAGGUCUCUUCAAAUUCCAAGCCCAUUACUCAGCUAUGGCACUUGAAUGGAAGGUGCCCCGAAGGAACUAUUCCCAUCAGAAGAACUAAAGAAGAGGACGUAUUAAGGGCAAGCUCCGUCGAAAGUUAUGGAAGGAAAAAGCACCUAAGCAUCCCUCAACCAAAGUCCGCUGAGCCUGACCUCAACACUCUAGGUGGCCAUCAGCAUGCAAUUGUUUAUGUGGAAGGAGAUAAAUAUUAUGGAGCUAAGGCCACCAUAAACGUAUGGAAACCCCAAAUCCAACAACCUAAUGAGUUCAGCUUAUCUCAAAUCUGGAUUCUGGGUGGUUCUUUUGGUGAAGAUCUCAAUAGCAUUGAAGCUGGUUGGCAGGUGAGCCCAGAUCUUUAUGGAGACAACAGCACUAGACUCUUCACUUAUUGGACUAGCGAUGCAUAUCAAGCCACCGGCUGCUACAAUCUCCUGUGCUCUGGCUUUGUUCAGAUUAACAACGAAAUAGCGAUGGGUGCAAGCGUCUACCCUAUUUCUGGCUAUGGUAGUUCCCAAUAUGAUAUCAACAUACUUGUCUGGAAGGACCCAAAAGAGGGGAACUGGUGGAUGCAAUUUGGGAAUAAAUAUGUGCUGGGAUACUGGCCGGCCUUCCUAUUCUCGUACCUGGUUGACAGUGCUUCAAUGAUUGAAUGGGGAGGAGAGGUGGUGAACUCGGAGGCUGUUGGGCAGCACACCUCCACACAAAUGGGUAGCGGUCAUUUCCCUGGAGAAGGGUUUGGAAAAGCUAGUUACUUCCAGAAUAUCCAAAUAGUUGAUGGCUCCAACAAUCUUAGGGCCCCCAAGGGCAUUGCCACUUUCACUGAGCAAUCUAAUUGCUAUGAUGUCCAAAACGGCCAAAAUGGCAAUUGGGGCAACUACUUUUAUUAUGGUGGUCCUGGUAGAAACCCCAAGUGUCCAUGAUCAUUCACAUGAUUAAACUUUAAGAAGAGCCAGAAUCAUUUUCUUGUGUCUCUCUUCAUGUCACUACAAAAUGUAACCCACAUUGACUCACUUCAUCAAUUGCCCGUAUGCCCUUCUUGUUUUA